AUGGCUCUUAUAGGAAGGAUUCCAAGUAAUUUUGGAAACCUCACAUUUCUUGUUUGUCUUGACUUGGGAAGCAAUAAUUUCCAUGGAAAUUUGCCUCAGGAAAUGACAUGCUUGCGUCGGCUUAAGUUUCUUGAUUUAAGUUUCAACAACUUCAGAGGGGAGGUUCCUUCUUGGUUUGGAUUUUUACAAAAACUUCAAGUUCUAAAUCUUAGGAAUAAUAGUUUCACCGGUUCCAUCCCUUCAUUUUCUAAUAUGUCCACACUUCAGACAUUGAAUUUGGCAUUCAAUUCUUUAGAAGGUCAUAUCCCUGUGUCUCUCUCGAAUGCCUCAAGGUUGGAGACGUUAGAAUUAUCUUAUAAUUCACUUCAAGCAAACAUUCCAGAAUGGAUCAGCAGCCUUCACAACAUGAACUCGUUGGGCAUAGAGUAUACUCAGCUAGUGGGUUCUAUACCAUUCACAAUUUUCAGUAUUUCUAGGAUCGAAGUCGUUGCAUUUACUGGCAAUAGCUUAUCAGGAAGUCUUCCCAAUGGUUUAUGCAAUGGUCUCCCAAUACUCAAAGGGCUUUAUUUAUCCAUAAACAAGCUUCGCGGUCAUAUGCCUACAAGCAUAUCAAAUUGUUCACAACUUCAAAUUUUGUCUUUAUCAAAAAAUGAGUUUGAUGGACCAAUACAUAGUGAAAUUGGAAGAUUGAGUAACUUGCAGAUAUUAGAACUCAGAGCUAACCAUUUCACUGGGAUAAUUCCACAAGAAAUUGGAAAUCUUGUUAAUUUGGCAAAGUUAGGCAUGGAGGAUAAUCAGAUUACUGGCUCUGUACCGAUCUCCAUAUUCAAUAUCUCAUCGCUGCAAGUUUUGUCGCUGUGGCAGAACAAUCUUAGUGGACUCUUACCAGGGGAGAUUGGUGAAAUACCCAAAGAGAUAAGGAAUCUCGUUGAGUUGAGGAUACUUGAUCUUGGAAAUUUAACAGUUCUUUAUCUAUAUUACAACCCUCUAAAUGGCAUGCUUCCAGCCUCCACGGGGAACCUUUCCACCUCUCUAAGAAAAUUUUACGGUUACAAUUGCAAAAUCAAAGGGCGAAUUCCAAAGGAAGUUGGGAACUUAAGCAGCUUAUUAGACCUUGUACUUUCUGGAAAUAACUUGGUCAGAUCGAUUCCAACAUCAAUUGGCAACUUGAGAAACCUUCAGCGCAUCAACUUGAGUGACAACAAAUUAACAGGACUUAUUGGAGAUCAUAUAUGUAAAUUACAGCAUCUGGGUGAUAUUUACUUGGGUCAAAAUCAACUUUUAGGAUCUCUUCCUAAUUGUUUAGGGAAUAUUACUUCCCUCAGUGAGAUACAUCUGGGUUCAAAUAAAUUGAGCUCCAAUAUACCACCAAUCUUAGGGAACCUUCAAGAUCUAGUGGUUCUUGACUUAUCGUCAAACAACAUGGUAGGUUCUUUACCUCCAGAAAUUGGAAUCUAA